AUGAGGACGACGCUCCAGAGGAUAGCCGCGAGGCCGGUCUUGAAGUAUAGCGAGUUCACUCGUGGAGUGCUUCAUUACCGGAAGGACUCCGAGAAGUUCCGGCGGGGCGCACGCCGUCCAUCAGUUCCGAGAUAUGAUGAGAAUGCAGCCGCCCCCUUCUGUGAUGUGUUUGUCGAGCUUCCUUCCAAAAAUUUGCAGCCUAAUGUCGUAACAUGUACAAUUCUUGUUGGUGCAAUUUGUAAAGAAGGUCGGAUAGAUGAGGCUAUGGAUUUGAUGACGCAAAUGGUGAACAAUGGCUGUUUGCCUGAUGUUGUCACAUAUAUAAUCCUUAUUGGGGCACUUUGCGAAGAAGGACGGAUAGGAGAGGCUAAGGAUAUGAUGAUGCAAAUGGUGAACGAAGGUUGUUUGCCCAAUAAUGAGAUGUACAAUGUUUUCGUUCAACGACUUCUCAAAUGGAACAAGAUGGACGAUGCAAUUCUGGUAUUGAAAGAGAUGAUUGCAAGAGGGGGAUGUACAAUUUGCGCCACCACUAUUUCGAUGUUGAGUGAACCUCUGCGAAGGGAAGGUAAUGAAAGUGUUCUAUUUGAUAUGGUUAUGAAACUUUUGCCAAAGAAGGUGUAG